AUGUAUCAAAAUAAAGUACUGGAUCAAGAAAAGCAAAUGAUUCUUCAAAACCAGGCACAAAUCUAUGAAGAAGAAAAAGUAACAAUGCAACAGGAACAAAUACUGAAUCAAGAUGAAAAAGUCGAUCAUCGUGUUCUUCGUAUUGGAAAUUAUUCAAGACUUCAUAAACUAAGUCUUGUUAAUCUUCCAAUUGAAAUGGCAUGUCGUAUUUUCAAUGAUGAGUCAUCAUUGGUUUACAUUAUCAGUCAUCAAAUUACACAUCUUAUUGUUACAAUUAAUAUGGACAACAUAGCUGAAGAUAUAUUAGAAAUGUUUAAAAACGUUUUUACCAAUAUUUUUCGAAUAUUUAGGAAUUUAAUUGAUUUGAAUUAUAGUUGGUAUAGUGAUUUAUCAUAUUCAGCAAAAGCAUUUAUUGAUUUACCAUCUAGACCAUGUUAUGCAUCAAAUAUUAGCUGUUUAAAUGUUAGACUUAAUGAUUUAAAUGAUUGUAUUUGUUUACUUAAUGGGCAUCUUAGUCAAUUACAUACAUUUAUUGUCGAAAUUGAUUGGAUUGGAAAAACAUCGGUGGCUUUCAAUAAUAAGGAAAUCGUGCCUAAUUUAAAAUGUUUCUCAUUGAUUUCAUUUCGUCAGACAAUCGAAUAUGAUGCUAAAAUUGUUCCAUUGCUUCGUCAUAUGUCAAAAUUAGAAAAACUUACAUUAUCUUUAAUUGUUGAUCGUCGAAACUCAUUCAUUGAUGGCAAUCAUCUAGUUAAUGAUAUUCUUAGUAAAAUGUUAGAUCUUCAUACAUUUAUCUUCAAUAUUAUUACUGAUAGAGUCAUAAUAGAAGAAGAAUUUCUACCAACAUCUGAUUAUAUUCUACGUCCGCUCAUCGAAAAAGGAUAUAAUGCCGAAUGUUAUACUGAUUAUUCUCCAAUGAAUAAUGGUCAAUGUCAUAUUUACUCGCUUCCAUUUACUUUCGAACGCAUGCAUAUGCUUACUAAUAAAUUUCCUGGUGGUCGUUUAUUCGCGAAUGUUCGUCAUUUCGUUGCACGUUCUUUUUGGUAUCCACUUGAACAUGAGUUUUUUGCUCAAAUCUCAAAAGCUUUGCCAUUAUUAAAUAAGUUAUCGGUACAUUGUACAACUGGUCAAAAGGAGAAGCUGCCAUAUCUAAUAGCUAAAUAUGAACAGACAUCAUCGAUUAUUGAAUUUCCUCAUCUUACGAUACUUAAUGUGGGUGGGGCUUCUUUGGAUUACGUCGAACAAUUUCUUUUCGACUUCUACACACGUUUAACUAGUCUUCACACAUUACAUGUCAAUUAUGAACUUUUGUUGUUUGCAACACAAUAUUUUACAGAAGAUGCUGCUCGUGCAAAUUGUUUGAAAGUGAAACAUAUUUUCUUUCGUCAUAGACCAGAAAUGUAUCCAGAAAACUUUCGAAACUAUUUUCCUUUGUUGUAA